AUGCCACCACAUCUCCACCCCCGAAGCCGAUAUACAUCAUCAUUGUUCGCAACCACGCUCUUCGCCAGUUUCUUCGUUGUCGCUUUACCACAUAUCCUACCUUGCCCCGCGCCAAGAAUAGCCUAUGCAGAUGGGGAGAUGCCAGACGGAACACCAAGGAAGCGGAGACGGCGGAAGUGUGUGACAAACGAGGGGGAGCAGAUCGAGCCAUUGAAGGAGGCCUCUGUUGCGGAGGACAUUAGUGAUGAUGGUGCAGCAUCAUUGACUCGAAUGCCAAAACCGAAGAGGGAGUGUCCGGUUCCAAAACCCGGUGGAUUGGUUGGUGAGAUCCUGGGAUUCCAGCCUUCGAGUAGUGAUGGGGAUGGCAAGGGGAGACCUCCGUGA